CUACGAAGCUCUCCUGUUAGAGGCUUAGAGCUAGGCUCAAGAUAUCGCCCCUACCCCCUCUACUCAUGUCAUGUCUUGCGUCAUGAAGCUUCUGGUCUUCCCCCUUCGUCUCCUCCUCUUGCUUAGCCUUAACAUCGCCGUCGCCUUGUGCACCGGAGAUGAUGUCCGGCUCACGUACUCAGGUUUUGCAGGCGCUAACCUCACCCUCGACGGCAACGCCACAGUCACGCCAGAUGGCAUACUGGUGCUCACCAGCAGCAAGACCAACCUCAAAGGCCACGCGUUCUACCCCAGCCCACUGCAGUUCCAUAGGACUCCUGAUGGCAAGGUGCACUCCUUCUCGGCCACCUUCGUGUUCGCCAUCGUCUCCGACUACACCGACUUCAGCGCCCAUGGCAUGGCCUUCGUCGUGGCCCCGACCAAGAGCUUCGCCACCGCGCUGCCAGCCGGGUACCUGGCCCUCCUCAACGUCCAGAACAACGGCAACGCGAGCAACCACCUCUUCGCUAUCGAGCUCGACACCACCCAGAACACUGACUUCCAAGACAUCAACGCCAACCAUGUCGGCAUCGACGUCAAUAAUCUGCACUCCGUGCAAUCCUACCCCACCGGCUACUACGACGGCAACGUUUUCAAGAACCUGACCCUCUUUAGCCGUGAAGCGAUGCAGGUCUGGGUGGAGUAUGAUGGCGAGACCGGUCGAAUCGAUGUGACCUUGGCACCCAUCAAAGUGGCCAAGCCGGCGAGGCCGUUGGUCUCGGCCACCUAUGACCUCUCAACGGUGCUCAAGAAUCAGUCAUACAUCGGCUUCUCAUCGGCGACCGGCGGAAUCAAUUCGAGACACUAUGUACUUGGCUGGAGCUUCGCCAUGAACGGUCCUGCUCCAGCCAUCGACAUAACGAAACUACCGAAGUUACCUCGUUUUGGCCCCAAGCCUCGUUCCAAGGUCUUGGAGAUCGUCCUGCCAAUAGCUACUGCAGCAAUCAUCAUCACUGUUGGCACUGUUGUCACUCUACUCGUGCUUAGAAAACUGAGGUACGCUGAGCUCCUUGAAGAUUGGGAGCUUGAAUUCGGGCCGCAUCGGUUCUUGUUUAAGGAUUUGUACCAUGCCACUGAUGGAUUUAAGAGCAAACAUCUACUUGGUGUUGGAGGAUUUGGGAAGGUGUAUAAAGGAGUCCUUCUCAAGUCUAAAUUGGAGGUAGCUGUGAAGAGGGUUUCUCACGAGUCAAGGCAAGGAAUGAAGGAGUUCAUUGCUGAGGUUGUCAGCAUUGGUCGCCUCCGACAUCGUAAUCUGGUGCAGUUACUUGGCUAUUGCAGAAGAAAAGGAGAACUCCUUUUGGUGUAUGAGUAUAUGCCAAAUGGUAGCCUUGAUAAGUAUCUGUAUUGCGAAGAGAAUAAACCCAUGCUAGAUUGGACUAAAAGGUUCCACAUCAUCAAAGGUGUUGCAUCCGGCUUGCUCUAUAUCCAUGAGAAGUGGGAGAAGGUUGUUAUUCACCGAGAUAUCAAGGCAAGCAAUGUUCUCCUGGAUAGUGAAAUGAAUGGGCGCCUUGGCGAUUUUGGUCUUGCAAGAUUGUAUGACCAUGGCACCGACCCACAAACGACCCAUGUCGUUGGAACCAUGGGCUACUUAGCUCCCGAGCUAAUACGCACUGGUAAGGCAUCCAAGCUCACAGAUGUGUUUGCAUUCGGUGCUUUCCUUCUUGAGAUAACUUGCGGGCAAAGGCCAGUUAACAAUGACGCUCAAGACAACCAAGAAAUGCUAGUGGACUGGGUUCUUGAGCAUUUGCAUAAAGGAUCUCUCACUGAGACAGUGGACUUGAGGUUGCGAGGUGAAUACAACGUCGGUGAGGUAUGCCUAGUGCUAAAACUAGGAUUGUUGUGCUCCCACCCAUACACAAAUAUAAGACCAAAUAUGCGGCAAGUCAUGCAAUACCUCGACGGAGACACACCACUUCCAGAUUUGGCAUCCACAAAUAUGAGCUUUAGUACAAUGGCUCUAAUGCAGAAUGAAGGGUUCGACUCAUAUGCCAUGUCCUUUCCAUCGUCAGCUGGAAGCAUUGGCACUGUAUCUUUUGCAUCUCGGGUGCAAGAUGACAUGCAUUGAGAAUGUGGGAUUUCCGUUUGGGUGCAUGUUCAGACUAGUUUUGCAUGUAUAUAGAAUGUAAACAGAUUGCACUCCCAGUGGAAUUUAUGCAAACUUGAGCUAGUUCUGUCUUGUAGUGUUAUAAGUAAUAAAAAGCUAUACGUUCAGGUGCUACAGAUUAAAUCACUGAUAUUAUGGGUUUAGCUUUGAAUCCAUGGAAAAUAUGGAAUAUUUAUUUGAUCGACUCUUUAUCUGAAAAAAUGUUGAGGCUUUUGUGAAGUCAUG